CUUGAUGAAAGCAAGCCACCAAAAUUAAUUAAUCUGGGCUUACGCUGAGUUUGGUGGAAGCAAUUAAAUGAUACCCCUUAGUCGUCUGCCAUGGAACUCAUUUUUCGCCUGUGGGCCAGAUCAGAUCACCCAAGUUGACUGUUCUUGUGGGUUGACAUUGAGCUGCAGUGAUUGGUAACUUGUCAGAACAAAGUUUGGUUUGGGUGUAAUUUCUCGUCAUUUAUUGGAAUAUAGUUUCUGGGUUCCAGUUGUAUUGGGUUCUUCGCAUGCUAGGUCGGUAAGGGCGGGAUGAGACUUGAUGAUUCGAUGAGUUGUUGUAUGUAUAGGUAAUUCUGGUGCAUUGGUAAUUUGUCUGAUCCUCAAAGAAUCUGAAAUUUUCCUGGAUUUGGAGAGAGAGAUGAAGGAUUUUCCUGGAACACCUGGGACUUGGACUGGGCUUAUUCUUAGGAUUUCCCAGUGCAUGUUUGCAGCUGGUUCGAUUGCUUCCAUGGCAACUACUUCCAGCUUCUUCAGUGUCACAGCUUUUUGCUACUUGAUCGCAUCAAUGGGUUUGCAAGUCAUUUGGAGCUUUGGGCUUGCUUUCUUGGAUGCAUAUGCCUUGGUGAAAAAGAAGGUCCUCCACAAUCCUGUUUUGGUCAGCCUCUUUGUAGUUGGAGACUGGGUUACAGCAACAUUGUCCCUUGCAGCCGCCUCUGCAUCUGCCGGCAUCACAGUCUUGUACUAUAGCGAUUUUGGAGACUGUGAUUUCGGGAAGGAAUGCCAAAAAUACCAGAUUUCAGUUGCAUUGGCCUUCCUGAGUUGGAUAAUGAUUGCAACCUCAUCCCUAAUCAUGUUUUGGCUUUUAGCUGCAGGUUAAACCUUCCUUUAUUUGGAUAUUCUAUUUGCUGUCUCGAAAUGCAUCUGUGUCAUAAAAAUUUAGAUCAUUUAUAUACUGUGAAUAGAAAAGAAAACAAAAAGUAUAGCAUUCCA